CACCACAUGAGCAAAAUCUUUCGCGGCACGUUUGUGGACACACCGGCCCCGGGCGAGCUUCGUAUCCGACUCGACCAUGUACUCGUGGUCGAUGGCCGGGGAUUCAUAUCGCACGUGCGGCCCGCAUCCGACCCGACGAUUCAGUCUCUGCUGAUCGCUGCUGCCUCUGCUGCUGCCGGUGCGAGCUCCAACAACGCGACCGCCAUCGUAACCGACUUGCCCGCGCACACGUUCCUGCUCCCCACGUUUGCAGACCUGCACAUCCACGCCCCGCAGUACCUGUACGCCGGCACGGGGCUGGACCAGCCCCUCAUGUCCUGGCUGGACAAGUACGCCUAUGCGGCCGAGGAGCGGGUCGACGCCGAUCCGGCCCUCGCGCACAGGGUCUACACGCAGCUCGCCAAGCGCCUGAUACAGGCGGGCACGGGCUGUGCGGUCGCUUUUGGCACGAUCGGGGUCGAGGCCAACCUUAUCCUCGCUCAAGCGUUCCAGGACGCCGGAAUUCGAGGCUUCAUUGGCAAGUUGUCCAUGGACAAUUCUCCUCGGCCCACGUACGGCGAGGCAUCGACCGCCGACUCGCUCACCUCGCUGACGUCCUUCCUGAAUGGGAUGGACGAGCUGGCGCUCCCGCUCGCGGCGCACGAGCAGCUCGUCCACCCGAUCAUCACGCCGCGCUUCGUCCCGGUGUGCUCUGACGACCUGCUCCGCGGCAUCGCCGACAUAUCGCGCGCACGUGGCGUCAAGGUCCAGAGCCACAUGUGCGAGUCGCGCGACCAGAUGGCAUGGGUCGAGGGCACGCGGGGGAAGAAGGACGAGGUGGUGUUUGACGAGGCCGGCCUGCUCACCGAGCACACGGUGCAGGCGCACGUCACGUCCUUCCCGCCCAGCCUCGUCGAGCUGGUCAAAAAGCGCGGCGUGACGGUCGCCCACUGCCCCCUGUCCAACGCGUACUUCUCCGACGCGGCCUUCCCGCUGCGCGAGGCCAUCGACGCGGGCGUCAAGGUCGGGCUGGGCUCGGACAUUGCGGGCGGGUACGCGCUGCCGCUGCAGACGCAGAUGCGCCAGGCGGUCGUUGUCGCUCGGCUGCGCGAAGGUGCGCGUCGCGAGGCGGCGUUCGCGGAUGGCACGAGCACUGCCGGCGAUGAGGGCAAGGGCCUGCGCGUCGACUGGGUCGAGGCGCUGUACCUCGCCACGCGGGGCGGCAAGGGCGCGCUCGGCUUCGGCGGGGUGUUGGAGGAGGGCAUGGAGUUUGACGCGCAGCAGAUCUCGCUUGCCGCGGACGGCGCUGGCGUCGGCCAGCUCGACCUCUUCGACCUGCCCGCGGCGCCGGAUCACGAGUGGUGGACCGAGAGCGUCGAGCGGUGGUGGUGUAAUGGCGACGACAGGAAUCGCGCUGCCGUCUGGGUGCAGGGAAGGAAGGUGAUGUGAUGGGCGAGAUGAAGGCAGCGUGACUUGACAA